AUGUGGGGAUCCGACUCAGAAGAAGACGAUGGUUACAAUAGGAGGCCCGUCAUACUGAACUCUCGACUAGUAGAGGGUAGUGAAGGCACGGUUGUCUUGGAUUCAACUGGCAGAGGAGGGACUGAAGUGGGUGCGAGUGAUGGUUCUACCAGCGGCAAAUCACCUCUAGGAAACCACACAGAUGGAAAUAGAUGGAACACGAGCACUAUUCGAGAUCCAAAUGCGCAGGCUAGCUGGAACGAAGUCGCAAUAUUCUUCCACAAAAUUGAUUCUGACAAAAACGCUGUCGUCCAACGAGGACAUCAUUUUGGUGAUGUAGCAAUAAAAUUCCUCAACAUGAACCAUUUUGAAGAAGCUAGGCGACUAGAUGCGUUCAAGUCGGAGGUAGCGGCCCACAAAAACACUCGAAACGACAAUAUAGUCUUCUUAUUCCUGGGUUAUUGUCCUGAAGCAGGCAAAUAUGGCAUCGUGAUGAGGGCCGCACGUGUGAUAGCUAUUCAGAUUUGUCAGGGUGUCUCAUAUCUUCGUCAGAAGAAGAUUAUUCAUAAAGAUCUCCGCUCGAAAAACAUCUCCAUUGAAAGCAAAAACAAGGACGUUAUCACCAAUUUCGGACUCUUCAGCAUGGGACGAUUGCGCUAUCCACGAAGGUAA